CCAUAAUCGCGACUGAUCGCGAUGAUUUAAAAAAAUAGAUUCCAGUGUAAUUUCAAUAAUAGUGUAUAAAAGGCUCCUAGGGAAGGGUAGACGUUUUAUGAGGGGCUUUUAUUUUGAUACUUUGAAGAGUGCAGUUUCCGGUGCAUCCAGUUGGAGUUAUUAUUGUUAUUGUGUGUUGCUGCCUGCUGUUUCUUCCCACCGUUCCUGGAAUUCGGAUGCUCGUUGGUGUUCAAAAUACCUCAUGGAAGAUAAUUUGGAGAGGGAAGACAUGAGUGAAUCGGAGGAGAACCAUCGUCAAGUCCAAACUGGAGAAAAAUCUUUUCCUUCCUCACAAACUGAAAGUCCUUUUUUGCUGACAAGAAGUGCACAAAUAUAUUUCACCUGCCCUCAGUGCGGAAGAUGUUUCCUACACAAACAAGGUCUUAAACUUCAUAUAAGAGUUCACACCGGAGAGAAACCAUACACAUGUGAUCAGUGUGACAAGAGUUUCACACGAAAAGGAAACCUUAAUGAUCACAUGAAAAUCCACACCGGAGAGAAGCCGUAUGCAUGUGAUCAUUGUGGGAAGAGUUUUUCACUAAAACAAAACCUUAAGGUUCACAUCAGAAUCCACACUGGAGAGAAACCACACGUUUGUGUUCAGUGCGGGAAGAGCUAUGCAGGAAAAUAUUUACUCAAUGAUCACAUGAAAAUCCACACUGGAGAAAAGCCGUAUGCAUGUGAUCAGUGUGGGAAGAGUUUCACGCAUAAAAAAAACUUUAACGAACACAUGACAAUCCACACUGGAGAGAAACCACACACUUGUGCGCAGUGUGGGAAGAGUUACGCACGAAAAGGAGCCCUUAAUGAUCACAUGAAAAUCCACACUGGAGAGAAUCUGCACACGUGUGAUCAGUGUGGGAAGAGUUUCAGGAAAUCAGGUGGUUUUAAAAAACAUCUGCUCAGUCAUUCUAGAGAAAGACUGUAUAAUUGUGACCAAUGCGGUAAAAAGUUUUUUAGGGCAGAUUUUCUGAAGAACCACCUGAAAGUUCAUACAAAGCAGAAGCCUUAUGUAUGUUCUUUGUGUGGAAAGAGUUUUAGACAGACGAGCGCAUUAAAAAUACACCAGAAAAGACACAGCGGUGUGAAGGAUCAUGCUUGCUCUGAGUGUGGGAAGUCUUUUUUUACAUAUGAUUCACUGAAAGUGCAUCAGUCAGUUCACACUCGAGAAACACCGUAUAAGUGUUCACACUGUGACAAGAGAUUCAAACGGUCAGGAUAUCUGAGAAUACAUGAGAGGAUCCACACUGGAGAGAAGCCGUAUCACUGCCACUCAUGUGGGAAGAGUUUCACUCAUUUAUCUUCUCUAAGCGGUCAUAAAAAAAAAUGCAUGUCUGAAAUUAAAACUUGCAGUUUGAGUUCUGGUCCUGUUCUCUGAGGUGCGAUGAUGUGUGGGACUGGAUAUAAUUUUAGUAUUAUUAUUCAUUUGUCAUUCUUCAUGCUUUUAUAUUUUAUGUUACUUGUUGUUUAAUCUUACGACUGUAUGGUUUGUAAGAGAUUAGAGAAUGUCUUCGUUUCAAGGUUUUUAAUGUUGGAGGAAAAUAAUGUGAAGCAGUGCUUUUCCAUUGUUGUUGCUUUGGUAUAGCAACACUUGUCUUAACAAGAUAGGAUCAGGAGACAAUAUGAGAAAACAGCUGGAAGUGGACGCGUUAAGUACCCAGCUAAAAGUGUACAGACAAAGAUUGGACCUGAUGGAAGAGAAGGAGGAGAGUGAUGAUCUCAGUGAAGCGGAGCAGAAACAUCAUGCCAAAACUGGUGACUGAAAACAAUUUCUUGCACAGAGAAAAACAGCCGAGAGGCAAAAAAGUUCACUUGUUCUCCGUGUGAAAAAAGUUUCCUGAACAAAGUCUUAAAAUUCUCAUGAGAGUUCAUAGUGGAGAGAAUGUGGGAGGAGUUUCACACAGAAAAGAAACCUUACUGGACACAUGAGGAUCCACACUGGAGAGAAGACAUAUAUGUGUGAUAAGUGUUGGAUAGCUAUAUAUCAAACACCUGUUGUAUUUUUACGUAAGGUUCAUGUAGGGCUAUUUAACGAUUUCCCAACCAUUGACAGUUU